AUACAUCACUGAUGAGGCAGCAGCCACCUCAGUCAGAUUUGACCUCCUUACGCAUGAGCUCUGCAGGAGGAUCUCUACAAACUGCAGCAUCGCAAAAACACAUUUUCAUCAGGUUUGGUUUAGUAAUCACCUGUUAACGAUGUCUCCAGUGAAGAAAAGUUGCUCAGCUUCAGCCCCGUUAUCUCAACUCAAGAUGUACAGCUUCAUGGGAGGGGGCUUGUUUUGUGCCAUCGUGGGAAAUAUUCUGCUGGUGGUCUCCACUGCCACGGACUACUGGAUGCAGUAUCGCCUCUCUGGAAACUAUGCCCACCAGGGCCUGUGGAGGUACUGCAUGUCCAACAAGUGCUACAUGCAGACGGACAGCAUAGCUUACUGGAACGCCACCAGGGCCUUUAUGAUCCUAUCAGGGAUGUCGUGCUUCGCAGGUGUCAUCGCUGGCAUCAUGUCCUUUUCACACUUCUCUUCCUUUGAAAGGUUCAACCGCUCCUUUGCUGCAGGGAUCAUGUUUUUCAUCUCCACUUUCUUUGUUCUGCUGGGUAUGGCCGUCUACACCGGAGUGACCGUCAACUUCCUGGGGAAGCGUUUCGGCGACUGGCGUUUCUCCUGGUCCUACAUACUGGGCUGGGUGGCCAUGCUCAUGACAUUUUUUGCAGGUAUUUUCUACAUAUGUGCCUACAGAAUGUGUGAGUGCCGGAGAGGAACUGGACCACGCUAAAAGCUGAUUUUUUUUUUUUUUACAAAAAACAUGGGACACUUUUGAUUUAAAUCACCAAGCAGAAGGCGGCAAGGCCGUCAUGGCUGAUCUGAUGGAGAGCUGAUACUUUAGAUCGAUGAUGGUCUUAACUUGGUCUAUGGAACAUAUUUAUUUUCUCCCAGGAAUAUUCAUCAUGAAGUUCUGAAUCUAAUCUUGUGUCUAAUUAUUACAAAUGCAACACUGAAAUUAGCCCCUCCCAUUUUUUUAGGUUCAUUAAGAUUUUUAAAUGAGCACUUUGAGAGGUCAUCCUCAGUGCUUGAUUUUAUAUAUUUUUUAAUUUAUUGUUGCUGCUACUCACCAGCAGAUGGCAGCACUCAACCAGCCAGUGAUAGAUAGGACAAAAAUGGUUUGAUCAAGUGGAAAUUUCAUUAAGGCAUUGAAUUAAAAAAUAAAAUCUUAAAAUAAA